AUGGCCACAUCCCUCCCUCCCAACCAAUCCUUUGCCUCAAUCCUAUCAAAUGAGCCUCCACUAAACUUCUCCAUUGAUGAUCUUCUGGCCCCGAUUUUUGAGAAUGGUUUCGUAUCGGUUCAAAUAUCGGAAGAUUCUUAUCUCCGCGGACUCGGAAAAUGCAAAACCAACCUUGUUGGCCGACUGGUUCUUCCCCCCAAAGCCUCACCCCUGAAAUCCCAUGAACUAUCUUUGCAGCUCAGAAGCCAUUGGCCAACCCUCCCAAAUUGGACGGUCUCUCCACUGGGUAAGGGUUUCUUCAUGCUUCACUUUCAGUCAUUGGAUGAUAUGCAGAAAGUAUGGUCAUUGGGCAUUGUUCGUCUCAAUCAAGGUUUCCUCAUAUUAAUCAAAUGGAAGCCCGGCUUCUCCCCUUCGUCCUAUAAAAAUUCUUUCUCACAGGUUUGGGUCCGAUUUUGGGACCUUGGUUUCGACUAUUGGGAGCAGCAAACACUCUUCGAAAUUGCUCGAAGGGUCGGAAUGCCUCUAAAGAUUGAUCCAAGGACUGUGGAUCGUUCAGUAGGUCUCUAUGCGAGAAUUCUUAUUGAUGUGGAUUUCUCCCAGCAAUUGUUAACUACUCUCCGUGUAACCCGUGUAAAUGGUUCUCAAUCUUUUGUUGGGGUUGAAUAUGAAAAUGUACUAGUUGUUUGUGCAAAGCGUAAUAUAGUGGGUUAUCAGGCUUCAAAUUGUAGAGUGGUUGACCCCCAGGUUGUGCGGCAAGAUGGUUCACGACGGGGAAGAUCAUGCUCCUCAAGAAGAUCCAAUCGAUCAAGAAAGAAUGCGAGUUUGCCGGCGACGCAUGAUAUAGUGGUGGAUGCGGCACAUGCUGCUUUGCCCGGUUCCUCAGAGAUGCCACUGCAACAUGCCUCUAAGCAACCAUUGCAGCAGGCGGCUGCAGAGCCACUCCAGCAGUUACAUGCGCAACCCACCAAGCCCCCUCCAGCUUUGACAACGCAUGCAAAAGACGUGCAGACUGCGCAAACACAGGUCACACAGUCGCAGCCCCUGGUGCUUCAGCCCAUGCAGGAGCAGCCAGUGUUAUUGCUCAUGGAGUUAGCGAAGCCUCAAUGCUCAGACCACGAAUCAUCAAUAGAAAGUGUGCCCCCUGGUUUUCAGAAAGCUCCCUUGAAUGGUGAAGGGUUAAGCCAACGUGCACCCACAACUUCAUUUAACUCCGAGAGUGUUCCCACUGUUCAUGAGUUAAUGGAGGUAAACUCAACCCAAGCUGACUAUGCAGAGAUGUCCUUCAGUAAGGAAGAAGGGGAAUUCACCCCAGUUCUUUCAAAAAAAGCAAAGAAGCAGCUUAAACAGGUUGAUAAAGCUGAGAAGUCCAAAGGUAAACCUCAAGUGAAAGUGCCUGUGCGUGCCCUGGUUCAAAAAGGGGCAAAGCACCUACGGUUUUAA